AUGGAUUAUGCGCAAUUUGGUGAUGUUGUCACAUUUGAUAUGACUUACAAGUUAAACAAAGAACAUAGACCCUUUGCAUCUUUUGUGGGAUUCAACCAUCAUAGGGAAACAGUUAUAUUUGGUGCAGCAUUGUUGUAUGAUGAGACUGCCGAAUCGUUUGUAUGGUUGUUUCAAAAUUUUCUAGAGGCUAUGUCAAUAAAGGCACCAAAAACUUUGUUCACCGAUCAAGAUGCUGCAAUGGCUAAAGCCAUACCCAUCGGUAUGCCUGACACAAGUCACCGAUCGUGUACUUGGCAUUUGAUGCAAAAUGCAUUAAAACAUGUUAAUUGUUUGUUCCAAGAUAAGGGGAUAAAGGGUGUACUAAAUAAAUUCUUCUUUGACAUUGAAGAUGCAAAUCAAUGGAAGUUAGAGUGGGCGGAAAUGCUUGAUAAAUAUGAUGCGCGUGAAAACCAUUGGUUGAAAUUGACUUUUGCGGAUUACAUUCGUUUUGAUUUUAACUUAAAUGAAUUCUUCAUGCAUUUCGAAAGGGUACUUUACGAGAAGCGAUACAAGGAGUUAGAAGCAGGAUAUGCUCUGUGCCAAAGGUUGCCAAAGGUGAAAGCAACAAUAAGAAUGUUAAUUCAAAUGGGUAAUGUGUACACAAAAAAGAUCUUUGAGGAAUUUCAAAAUGAGUAUUUUCGAUCCGAAUCGGACAUAGAAGCAAUUGAAUAUGGCGAGGCUAGUACCAUUUACACAGUUGUUGAUGUUGGUAACAAACAUGCAAGGAAAGUGAAGAUGGAGAGGGAAGGCUCUUUGGGUUAUAAUUGUACAAAGUUUAAAAGGGAAGGAAUCUUGUGUUGUCACUCAUUGAAGGUUAUUAGAGACAUAUUGAAGAUGAAAGAGGUUCCUUCACAAUACAUUCUAAAGAGGUGGACUAAACAAGCAAGAGCCGAAACUGUGAAUGACAUUAAGGGGAAUGACAUUCAAGUAGAUGUGAAAUUCCAACAAGCCUCGCGGUAUAAGACAUUGAUGACCGCAUUUAGAGCACUAGCAAGUAAACCUGCUGAAACUGAAGAAACUUAUGAUUUCUGUAUUGCACACCUUGCUACAUUAGGUGCAAAUGUUGAAGGCAAGUUAAGUGCUAAUUUUGGUGUUGGAAACAAAAGCAAGUAUUUACUUGCUGAAAAUUCUGGAAAAAACAUGUAUAUAGUUGUUGACUUUGCUGCUGUUUGUCAUACUGAAAAUUUUGUCUUUUUCCGUUUUAGGCUAUCAACAGGCAAAAUGUGGUGGAACGCACUGGAAAUAGAAGUCCUAGCAGCUGAAACUGUGAAGCAAACUACUGCAAACUGA